CAAAGACAAGGCAUACCUAAAUGACUAGAGAUAACCUUAAAGUGAACAUUUGUUGUGAAGUUUUGAAAUUAGCAAAGUUGGUUAUUAUUUUCCCAUAAGUCUGAUAUUUGAAUUAAACUAUAACUGUUAAUUUGUUGUUAUUGAAUAUAAAACUAACUGGUUUUAAUCACACAAUUUUGAUUGAAAAUAAAACAAUGUCUCAAAAACCUGUUCCUGAAAAUUCUAAAUCAAAGUCAAACGAGGAAAUCUUCUCGGGUUUUCAAGCUCUUCGAGCUGAACAACGACAACUCGCUAAUAAAAUUUCCGAAUUAGAGAUGGAUCACAAUGAACAUAAAAUAGUAAUUGACACCCUCCGAGGAGUAGAUAAAACUCGUAAAUGUUUUCGAAUGGUCGGAGGCGUAUUAGUAGAACGCACAGUAGCUGAAGUCCUACCCGAGCUUGAAAGCAAUUGUGAUCAACUUCCUAAAGCUCUUAAAUCACUAGAAGACCAACUUACUAAAAAAGGGCAGGAGAUAAAUGAAUAUAUAGAAUGCCAUGACAUCCGCUUGCAGCGUGUGGACCGCCCACAAGCAGAGGCAGCACCUGAGCAACCCUCCAAGUCUAAUGUUCUUGUUGCUAGUGGUUGAAAAGUUAGAAACAACCUCAUCUUCCGUGAUACUUUAACCAUGCUAAUCUGACUAUCCACAUUAAAGUUAACAAAGUCCAUAACCACUUCUUAAUUUAGUCAUGCCUUAUUUAUUAUGCUUAAUGUGGAUUGUUAGCUGCAGUUGCAUCCACAACGAAUACAAACCAAGUGAACAUUGCGUAAGUGUUUACUUUGGUAAAAAGAUGUAUCACACCUACUAAUACUGUGCUUUUAUGUAAGCUUUUUGUGAAGUUGGAUCUAUUAUGUUUUGAAUUUUAUGAAUAAACACUUAACACCAAAA